GGCGGUCAUAAAAAAGCACUCCAGCUCACCGGUGGGGAAAACCUAGACAACCUCUGACACAAACCUCGAGAGGCAGCUUUCUGCUCCCUGGACUGAGUGGAGCGCGCGAAGACACGGGCUGAGCCUAAUGGAUAUACAUUCCUCCAAAGACAUGAAAAAAACAAGGACGUUAUUCUGCAGCAUAAAGCUGUUUGUGCUGUGCCACGGCCUCCUGCAGUUCUCCCAGUUACUGUACAGCGCCUACUUCAAGAGCACCAUCACCACAAUCGAGAAACGCUAUGGCCUCAGCAGCUACUCCUCGGGAACCAUUUCCUCUCUCAACGAGGUCAGUAACAGUGUGUUGAUAGUGUUCGUGAGCUACUUUGGAAAUCGGGUUCACCGCCCUCGCCUGAUUGGAAUCGGUGGACUACUGAUGGCUGUCAGUGCCGUGAUCCUGACCUUACCUCACUUCAUAUCCCAGCCCUACGAAUACGACUCUGUUUUACACAAUCGCCACGACAUUUGCAAUCCGCAGGGCAACUCGAGCAACCCGGAGUCUUGUGGCCGCGAGGAGACCAGGCGCCUGGCCGACACUAACACCCUGUGGGUGCUCAUGGCCAGCGCUCAGCUGCUCUUCGGUGUGGGCUCGGUGCCCAUCCAGCCGUUUGGGAUUUCCUACAUAGAUGAUUUCGCUCAACCUGGCAACUCCCCUGUUUACAUAGCCAUCCUGUUUGCAGUAUCUGUAUUCGGGCCAGCCGUUGGAUACCUGCUGGGCUCAGUCAUGCUGCGGAUCUAUGUGGACGUGGAUAGAACUGGUUUAGGAGCUGAAUUAGAGCUGAGACACGGGGAUCCCCGCUGGGUCGGGGCCUGGUGGAUGGGCCUGCUCAUUGCCACCGGCUGCCUGGUUCUCGCAUCCAUCCCCUACUUCUUCUUCCCUCGUAGAAUGCCUUCAGAAGAUGAUGUGACUGGAAUUGAAACGGACAUCAGUGAUGACUUCAAGAAGCCAGAUAUCUCUUUAACUGACUUCCUGAAAAUGUUUCCCAGAUUGUUUGUCCACCUCCUGUUGAGCCCUCUCUUCCUGAUGCUGGUCCUGGCCCAGUGCUGCUUCUCCUCAGUGAUCGCAGGUUUCUCUACAUUCCUGAACAAGUUUCUGGAGAGACAGUAUGGUGCUUCGCUCGCCUACAGCAGCCUGAUAGUAGGUGCUGUGAAUCUGCCAGCAGUAGCAGUGGGGAUGCUGAUAGGCGGGGUCAUCAUGAAGAGGGCGGGUCUCUCUCUGAAGACCAUCCCACGUUUCUCUGUUGUCAUGCUGACCAUCUCCACCCUCCUCUGUAUCCCUCUCUUCUUCAUGGGCUGCCCCACACAGAAAGUCUCGGAAGUCAAUCAUUACCAAAUCGGACAGUAUGGGUCUCUGUCCUUGUGCUACUCCAACUGCUCCUGUCCUGCCAGUGCCUUCAACCCUGUGUGUGGCUCUGAUGGUGUCGAGUAUAUUUCUCCUUGUCAUGCAGGCUGCACCAACUUCACCAAAGACCCCAACAGCACCUACAGGGUUCAGCUUUAUACCAACUGCAGUUGUAUAUCUGGGAGCCAGACACAUGCCCGCCCAGCUCCCUGUCCGAACAACUGCCCACAUUAUCUUCUCCCUUUCAUGCUUGUCAUCUCUCUGGCGUCACUGAUCGCCUGCCUCACUCACAACCCCAUGUAUAUGAUGGUGCUCAGAUCUGUUCCCUCUGAAGAGAAGUCAUUUGCUAUAGGAAUUCAGUUUUUACUAAUGAGAGUAUUAGCCUGGCUACCUGCCCCUGCUCUCUUCGGGAUGGCCAUUGAUACGUCAUGCAUCUGGUGGAAGCGCGUGUGCGGAAAGAAGUUUAGCUGUGGUUACUAUGACAACGACAUCUUUAGGAACCGGUACUUGGGCCUACAGGUGGGGUAUAAGGUCAUGGGCAUCGUCCUGUUGAUGAUGCUGGGGUGGAAGGUGCAGCGGACCCAGGAGUACAGUCUGGAGAAGAGGUCUGAAGGCCUACUGUGACCGUGCCGAGCAUCCUUCUUGAUCCAAGGCUCUCUAUGUCUUAAAGCUUUGCUGUGGUGUUGAACAUUUUGAAGAACAGUGUGCCGAGCAAAGCUGUGUCAGUGGGAGAAAGCCACUGCUAAGGAAUGGCCUACGCUGACCUCAAUUUCUGUAGGCCCACUUUCCUACGUGGUGCUUCACUGGUUGGAGUUUAUGAAAGGCAAAAUGUCUGAUGUAUUUGAAUGCUUUAAAGCCUCUGAUUGGAAAGACUCUGACAGUAUGAUCUAUGCAUUACACGUUAAGAGAGAACAGCUAAAAGACCUCUCUUGUGUGGUACCUCACAACAUUUUACAUGCAUCUGAGACAGUGACCAGACUGAUGAGAUCAAACAACAGAUAAAUAUCUUUGUGUAUAACUUGUUCCUAUAAGGUAGGAAUCUAUUCAGGUUUCUAUUUCCAGUGGGAACAUAUUCUAUAACAAUUAACUAUAUUAGCUUAAUAUUUAAGUUUAUUUUUUUUUAUAGAAGUUUGUCUCAUACACGGAGACAUUUGUGAUAACUGUAAUACUCAUUUCAUGUAUGAUCACAUAUAACACUGAAUUAAUUGCAAUGAUAAUGAAUUUUCAGAUAUCAAGUACAUACACUGUUACUCAUAUACUGAAUUAACCGCACACACGAUGCUAUCUACUGGUGUGUUUAUAUGGGUGGCAUUACAGUGGUGUGCAUCCAUGUGUAAGCAUACUGGUUAAUAAAAAAAUGUAUAUAGUAGAAUUAA